GGGGGGGAAACCUAUUUUUUCCAUCUCGUCCAUCGACUUUCCUCUUCCAACCACAGCCCAUCCAUCCAUCCAUCCAUCGUACAGUCCAUUUCCUCCACUCAAUCUCCACUCAAGUUCCACUCAGCAUUGGCGAGUCAUGUUUACAAGACCGGUGAUCAACACGUUUCGCGGGGCCAUUGUGCCCGCCGUUAGAACAAAGCUCGCCCCCACCGCAGCCACUACAGCCCGCACUUUUACAACGGUGGGGGUCCUUCGCUCCGAAAAGAAGGCCGCGGAUACGUGGCCCAUCCCCGCCAAUGUUAAAACAUUUCAUGGCAAGUCUCACUUUUGUCGCCCCCCUGCCCCGAAUCCAUUGAGUUAGGUUACAUCCACCAACACUGGAAUGACUCUUCGAUUGUAUUCUAUACAGAAAUUAAAACAGAAGAAGACCUCCUCCCCCCCGGAGCCGCCCCAGGAGAGGUCGCGACGGAUUACAACCAAGCCACAGGUCUCGAGCGUCUCGAGAUUCUCGGUAAAAUCGAGGGCAUCGACAUCUUUGACAUGAAACCGCUGGACGCCUCCCGCCGCGGUACCCUCGAUAACCCGAUCGUCGUGCGAAGCCUCGGGAAGGAGAGGUAUCUGGGCUGCACUGGGUACCCCGCUGACAGCCACAACACCAUCUGGUUGACCGUCAGCAAGGAUAGGCCGGUUGAGAGGUGCCCCGAGUGCGGCGGUGUGUAUAAAAUGGAAUACGCGGGGGCUGAGGAGGAGCAUCAUGGGCACGAUGAUCACCACGGCUACGUCGAACCGAAAUCUAUGGCCGACUUUGUCAGGCCCGAGUAUAGAUAGACAGACAGACAGGUGGUUGGAUGGCGAGACCUGCGGAGAGCCCCGGUUUCCCUCUUUAUCUUCAUUCCUCUCCCUUCCUCCCCCUCUUUCCUUUCCUCUGUUUUUCUCUUUUUGCUUUGCCGUCACUCUACCUUUGUCCUCGAAUCGAGGACGAUCGCUAGGUGCAUUAUCUGGGCUUGUGGGCUACCGGUAUACGUUGUGCAUGGGAUGGGUGGUGUGCGGGGCGGGGCGUCGUCGUUGUGAAUAGUCAUUUGGUUUUUCUUUCUUUUUUUUUUUUGUGGAUUUUCUUUUUUUGUUUGGAAAAAAACCACAAAAACAAAGAAUAUAUAUCCCUUUUA